AUGGCACCAACUUUUGUCGGUGCUCAGCUCAGUACAACAGUAGCACCUCCACUAGCAUCUCGACUAAUCUUAGGCGAUCAGACUGUGGCGCCAGAAGUAAGAGAUCCCAGUGGUGACCAGUGGAGAUUACACUCCGCUCGAACCGGUCCAGAUGCACGGCGAGCAGCAUAUGUGCCGGAUACCACAGCAAUGCAGGCGGUUCCGAUUCGUCCAUUGCCUACCACAGAUACUCUACAACUGCCCAGUGAGACAUCUCCAGUCCGCAGUAGACACAAUAUCCAACGACCGAGAGAUCUUGGUCUAACGAAACCCACCAGUGCAGUACAGUUGCUAACUGAACUGGGUACAGAACGACAACCAACCACUGCAACCAAACAAACAAAAUGGUCUAAACUGAGAAAACUGGGUCUGAAAGCCACGGAUACAGCCGCGGACAAGGAUCGUUGGGGUUCCGCAAUUGAGCACAUCAAACGACGUCACAUAUCCACAUUUGAUCGAAAACGUCUACUGGCUAUGGCCGUGCUUGGUCCGAAAGAAACCGAGUGUCUGAUCGAAACACUACAAAGUUUGCGUGAAUCGAUUGAACUGAGCAACGCUCGUCUGGAGUUGGAAUUGCGUGAAACCGAACCGUUUUCCACCCUUCGGAUGCGACGUCAAACGUAUCAUGGUCAUGCGGAAAUCACCACACAUCGGAUCCCGGUUCCUUCUGGACGAGCAUCGCGGUCACGUGGAACGAGAUUUGACUACGCCAGACGAUCCGGUGGUCAUCGUCGACCGGAUGAAUUCGGCCAGAACCGGGAUGAGAAGGUGAGCAAUUGA